AUGUCGAAGAAACAAAUAUACUACUCUGAGAAGUACACGGACGAAGAGUUUGAGUACCGGCAUGUUAUGCUACCGAAGCAGUUGUCCAAGCUGGUCCCGUCUACCCACCUGAUGUCAGAGGAGGAGUGGAGGGGUCUUGGCGUGCAGCAGAGCCAGGGCUGGAUCCACUACAUGAUCCACAAACCAGAGCCUCACAUAUUGCUGUUUCGGAGACCUCUUCCGAAGGAGUGA